AUGAAUAAGGAUAAGAUAUUCAAGCUAGCGAAGGGGUUCAGGGGGAGAGCAAAGAACUGCAUUCGGAUUGCAAGGGAGAGAGUGGAGAAGGCAUUGCAAUAUUCCUAUAGGGACCGACGUACCAAAAAGAGGGACAUGCGAUCCCUUUGGAUUCAACGGAUUAAUGCUGGCACUCGUGUUCACGGUGUCAAUUAUGGGAAUUUCAUGCAUGGGCUAAAUAAGGAGAAUAUUCAACUUAACAGAAAGGUUUUGUCUGAGAUAUCUAUGCAUGAACCCUACAGUUUCAAGUCACUGGUAGACAUAUCUCGAAAUGCAUUUCCUGGAAACAAGAACGUGGUCCUCCCUCCAAGAAAGGUGUCCUUUUAG